CUUUUUUUUCCCUGUUUUAAUGGAAAAGUUGAGGUCUUUCAAAUCUCUGUCUCCAGUUCAUCAUCUUCAUCGUGCUAACUCUCCUUCACAUCCAAUAGAAGAACGUCAAAAUUUAUUGAAAGAAACCCCAAUACCCAGUGUUUCUAGUAUGGGUUCUCAAGCUAUGGAUGGAACUGAGGGUAAAGAAGUAGUCGUCAAAGCGAAUAUCAGAGAAACCCCAAAAACCUAUAAAGAAACAGAGCUCUCUUCUUCUUCAUCUUCUUCGAAAACCCAGUUGAGUAACAAUGCCAGUACAGAUGAGAGUAUACAGAAUAAGGUAUAUAGAGAUUCCAGUUACGAUUUCUCUAACGAUGCAGCAAUGAAACGCAUGAGGGAUAACAGCAAAGAUUUCGACUUCGUAACGGAAUCGCCAUUUUCACAGCCGUCUCCGUUAUCUAGGGUGGAAGAAAGCCCCAACCACGGCGUCCUUACGCCGAGGGAAGUUCGGGUUUCUUUCAAUGAGAAGCUUGCCGGUAACGGAUCGAUUCGCCGGCGGUCCAAUUUGAGUACUGGACCGGGUUUACAAGAUGAGGUUGUGCUCAGUACCAGCUCUUCAUUUAGGAGAAAAUCGAAUCUUUUAGCUGCUACUAGAACAAAAUCGAGGUUAAUGGACCCACCUGAGCAAGAUCAAAGGUCACAGAAGAUUACUAUGAAAUCUGGGAUUUUAGGGAGAAGUACUGAAUUUGAAGAUGAUGACCCUUUUUCAGAUGAGGAUUUACCAGAAGAGUAUAAGAAAAUGAAGUUUAAUUUAUUCUCUGUUCUUCAGAUGGUGAGUUUGAUUUUGAUAAUUGCGGCUUUUGUUUGUAGUCUUACUAUUAGAAAAUUUAAGGGGAGGAGUAUAUUUGGGCUUGCAUUGUGGAAAUGGGAGUUAAUGGUUUUAGUGUUGAUUUGUGGAAGAUUGGUUUCUGGAUGGGGGAUUAGAUUGGCUGUAUUCUUUAUUGAGAGGAAUUUCGUGUUGCGUAAAAGGGUGUUGUAUUUUGUGUAUGGAUUGAGGAACUCAGUGCAGAAUUGCAUUUGGUUGAGUCUUGUUUUGAUUGCUUGGCAAUGUAUUUUUGAUAAGAAGGUUGAGAGUAUUACGAAUACGAAGGUAUUAAGGUAUGUGUCUCAGAUUUGGGUGUGUCUCUUGUUGGGAACAUUCAUUUGGUUGCUGAAGACACUGUUGGUGAAGGUUUUGGCUACGUCGUUUCAUGUUACUGCAUUUUUUGAUCGGAUUCAAGAAGCUUUGUUUACUCAGUAUGUGAUUGAGACGUUGUCUGGACCGCCAUUGGUUGAGAUUAAGAUGGAGCUGGAGGAGGAGGAGAGGGUUAUUGCUGAAGUGCAGAAGCUUCAGAGUGCUGGGGCUACAUUGCCUCCUGAUCUCAAGGCCAGUAUAUUUCCAAAGAGACCGAUUGGGACUCCACGGAAGUCCACUGCUGCUGCUACUCCUAGGAGUCCUGUAUUUUCGAGAGCUGCUUCAAGAAAGGAAAAAGAAGAACAGGGAGGCAUAACUAUAGAUCAUCUACAUAGGCUGAAUCAGAAGAACAUUUCAGCUUGGAAUAUGAAAAGGUUGAUAAAUAUUGUUCGUAAAGGUGUGCUGUCAACUUUGGAUGAGAAGCUUGAGCAGUCAAAUGGCGACGAUGAAGCUGCAGUUCAAAUCACAAGUGAGAAACAAGCAAAAAUUGCUGCCAAGAAGGUUUUUAUUAAUGUGGCGAAGCCUGACUCAAAGUUCAUCUAUCUGGAGGAUAUAAUGCGUUUUAUGAGAGAAGAUGAAGCUUUGAAAACAAUGCAGCUCUUUGAAGGUGGAACUGAAGCCAAAGGAAUUAGUAAACGCGCGUUGAAAAAUUGGGUGGUGAAUGCGUUUAGAGAACGGAGAGCUCUUGCUUUGUCUUUGAACGACACAAAGACUGCCGUUAACAAACUACAUCACAUGUUGAACGUCUUAGUAGGGGUUAUCAUACUGGUCGUCUGGCUUCUUAUACUCAAAGUUGCCACUACACAUUUCCUGGUCUUUAUGAGCUCUCAGGUUCUUCUGGUCGUAUUCAUGUUUGGAAACACUGCCAAGACAACAUUCGAGGCAAUCAUAUUCUUAUUUGUGAUGCACCCAUUUGAUGUAGGUGAUCGUGUUGAAAUUGAUGGAGUUCAUAUGAUUGUAGAAGAGAUGAAUAUAUUGACUACGGUUCUCCUGAGAUUUGAUAACCUGAAGAUCACAUAUCCCAACAGUGUCUUAUCUACAAAGCCCAUAAGUAACUAUUAUCGCAGUCCAGACAUGGGAGAUGCAAUCGAAUUCUGCAUUCACAUCUCAACUCCUAUGGAAAAAAUAGCAUCGAUGAAAGAGAAAAUAACAAGGUAUAUUCAGAACAAAAGUGAUCAUUGGUAUCCAGAUCCCUCAGUUGUGAUGAGGGAUGUUGAAGACUUGAACAGGAUAAAGUGGUCGGUAUGGAUUUCACACACAAUGAAUUUCCAAGACAUGGGAGAGAGAUGGGCAAGGAGAGCUCUUUUAAUUGAGGAAAUGGUUAAGAUAUUCAGAGAGCUAGCUAUCGAAUAUCGUAUGCUCCCUCUCGAUGUCAAUGUUCGUAAUAUGCCACAGAUAUCAUCGAGCAGAGUCCCUUCUAACUGGUCUCUUUGUGCUUAAUCAAUGAUUGAAACGUCUACUCAUCUGAUAAUUCUCACCAGAGACCAUUGAAGAAAGGUGUGUUUGUUAAUGAAAGCAUUGUAAACUUGAAAAUUGCCUAUGAUUUCAGAUGGUAAAGUAGUUUUGAUCAGUCAAUAUUUGGCGAGUUAAUGUACAUAAUGAGCUGGUCUCUUUUUUUAGUUGAAAAUUUAGGAAGUUGACAGUGAAAUUCCAUAGAAAUUGCCACAAUUAUGUAGUUAUGAGUAUCUUAAUUACUUUUUAUUAUCUAAUCUUAAAUCUUAUAAUUGUCCUUAGAA